CGUGUCCAUAUAUAUAUAUACACGGUAUACUGCUGUCUUUACAUCGUUAACAGCAGACUGAGACAGAAGAGUGGAAAACCUAAGGGUUGGGUACUGCACCAUGUGAUCUGUUGCUCCUGUGACUAGACCAACACACAAUGAUGGACUACUACCUAAGCUCUGAUGAUGAAGAGGAAGAUGUACCUCCACUGUCAAGAUUUUAUCACAUGGCUCGUCCUUCACGCUACAGCACAUCAAACGAUACAGAUGAAGAAGAUGAUGAAGAAGAACCUACUACUCAACAAAGAAGACGUAGAAGGUCCCCUAGAUUUACUACAAUUGGUAAACUCAAGGCUACGGUCAUCAAGGGAAACAUCGUGGAAGAAACGGCUGAUGUUAUAGUGAAUAGUUCUGUGAAAGAGCUCAAAUUAGAUAAAGGAAUAGCCUCCAAGUGUCUGCUGGAAGCAGCAGGUGAUAAAAUCCAGUCAGAGUGUGAUAGAGACUAUCCUAAUGGUAUCUCCCAUGGUGAUCUGGCUGUGACCAGUGGAGGAAACCUCUCCUGCCAGAAGAUUUACCAUGUGUGUCUUCCGAAAUGGACAGGUCCCGAAGAGGAAGAGGUGAUGGAAUCGCUUAUAUAUAAAUGUCUUGAGAAGGCUCACCUCAGUAAUAAGACCUCCAUAGCCUUUCCAGCUCUAGGAACCGGAUACCUUCGAUACUCUCCAGACAGGGUAGCAAAGAUAAUGUUCAGGUGCUUACAAAAAUUUGAUGGAGCUCAUAAGUCAACGACUUUGACUACAAUUUAUAUGGUUAUUUUCUACAAGGAUCACAAGACAUUUCAGGAUUUUGUUGCUACAGCCCGUGCCUUCGCUCAGAGAGGCUCAACUGGAGCAAGCGUUCAGACAGGGUCCCCCACUGCUGCUUCAUCACAAACAAAGAUUGGCAAAGUGGAUUUUGGGGUUGUUCAUGAUAAAAUGGCAGAACAGAAGGUGGAUGUGAUUGUGAACAGCACCUCGAAGGAUCUGAAAUUAGGUCGAGGAUCGGGUCUGGCUAAGUCUCUGUUGACUGCUGCUGGCCAAUCCUUACAAUCGGAAUUAGACGAUUCUUAUCCAAAUGGAAUCGUUCCUGGACAACUAGCCAUCACUGGGGGUUACGAUCUUCUGUGUAAAAAGGUUUAUCAUGGGACGUUCACAUCUUUUUACUCCAAGCAGACUGGAAACAAAAGACCAGAACAGGUUCUCGGUGACUUUGUACAAAGCUGUUUGACUGAGGCCAGUAAAAAAGGCUUUACUUCAAUUGCCUUCCCAGCCCUUGGAACAGGCUUUCUGAAGUACCCCAAGGAUACUGUAGCUAGUGUCAUUGUGGGUGGCAUACGAGAUUAUGUAAACAACCAUCAAACUAGUCUCUUAGAGGUCAAGGUUGUUGUGUUUGGACAGGAUUGGAAAGAUAUUGAACAGGCAUUUCAAGAUGAACUUCAACGGAAAAAACCAGUCCAAAGAACAGUUACUCCAGCCAUUCCACCAAGAAACAGUAAGGCUUAUCUCAAGUAUAAGUACAUGGAGACGCCACGCCCACCUCCCUACUGGACCAAGUACAGUCACAGCAAAACUGUCAAAGAAUGGACUAUGGAUGCCAAAUCAACGCCAACGCUGGUAGCCGUUGAUGCACAGACUUUGAAAACCAUUGAAAAUGCCUUUAAAAAGACUGGGAUGGCAUCUCGUACUGUAGUUAAGAUAGAGCGACUGGAGAAUAUUAAAUUAUUCGAUAACUACCUCCAUAUGAGCCAGCUUUUGUUUCGUCAAGCUUACGUUGAGCAGAGUUUUAAGGAUCUACAGAAUGUUACCGGAUCCAGGGGUCAAGUUGUGACUUCAAAACAUCUCGAUCAAUCCAUGAGAACAUAUCUUAAUGACGAAAUCAAUGAAGUAUAUCUAUUUCACGGUACAAAGAGUCCCUUUGUCAAUACUAUAACACACCAGGGUCUGGACAAUCGGUUAGCCAGCAGUGGAAGAGUAGGAAAUGGAGUUUAUGCAGCUGAGGUGGCUUCAAAGUCAAGUCAGUAUAUUGAUCGCAACGCCCAAGGCCACAGCUUUAUGUUCCUAGUGAGGAUGUGCCUAGGAGACAUCUUCAUCACCAAGAGUAGUCAAAGCUUCCGACGACCCCCGUGUAGGACCUGUUCUACGUCGGUCUGUAAUCAGCACACGGAAGUCUUUACAUCGGUUGUAGCGGAUGGCGGAAGCUUUUCAGAUCGCGAGUUUGUAGUAUAUGAUCAAGAUCUGACCUACCCGGAGUUCCUCAUCACGUACAAAUAAUGCAAUAAUGACUAUUAAGAUCAAACGCAAAUCUUACUCAAGAUCUUGAAACGGCAUCGAUUACGAUGUACUUUACAUGCUAUGGUAUCAAAUUAGUGGAAAAUUACAUCAAAUGGUUACAAAAAGAUAAAAAAUCUGUAAUAAUGUUUAAAUAUUAUAGAUACAAAGUUACCAUGGUUAUUCAUGACUACUAAACCUGGCCAGAUUGUUUUUGUUUUGACUAGCUAUCUAUAUUUCUAUAUAGUUAAGUUCAUGAUAUGUAAUCCUAUAUAGUCGAGAGCUGGAUUUUUAUGGACUGAACGUGUACACUAUAUAUAUACAUGAGUAUCAGUGUAAAAAAUUUGAUGGUUUUAUUUUACGUACUCAACAGAGCGAGGACAUAAUCUUGCAAUGUACCUUUACAAUUAUGCCUUUUUACAGCUUCAUUUAUGUCUGCAGUAAGUCUCUUGAAAUGAAAGACAAUAUAAGGAAAUCUGGUGACACUUUGAUCGUAUUGUGGUUGGAAAUUCAAUUUGAUUUAAAAGUCAUUUGCUUUCCAUUGUCCAGUGUUUGUUGAAUGAGAAGUUAAAAAGAACCUAUUUUGUCUGUGUUUCCUGAAUUUGUGAAAUCCAAUUGCAUAUAUAUUAUGUUGGAUUUAAAACGGUGAGAUCACUUGGCUGUGACUGAAGAUAAGAAAUGCUAAUGUGUCUGUGUCUAUGGUAAAACUCAUUCUAAUUUUUGUAAA